UCCAGUCCCGCACCUGACACCGACACUGAGAAGCAAUGGCCGCGACCUGCUGCUGGGGAAGGAGCGGCCUCUCGUCACUCACUCGGGCCCUUCUGGAGGCGGAGAAACGGCAGUGCCGAGCGCUUGUCAGGACUGGAAAGAAGCCGCAAGGGAUCCGCUAUUUAAGCUCCUGUGGGAUUUUGGCCUCGCGCUGCCCCAAACUACCUCGACCUGCAUCACCUACCCACAUACAGGGGCGCACAUUCCUGAACCUCGCCGCUCCACUACUGGGGAGCAAACGCAUUGAAUACUCUGAAUCCAAGGUGCUCGGCUUUUCCAUAGAGCAGAUGUACGACAUUGUAGCGGAUGUGCAAAAUUACAAGAUCUUUGUGCCUUGGUGCAACCGUUCCAAAGUUUUAUCCUGUAAAAAAGGGGUGACGAGGGCAGAGCUGGAGGUGGGAUUCCCCCCAGUGGUGGAGCGUUAUGUGUCCGAAAUCUCUGUAAUACCUCUGCACCAAGUACGGGCUGUCUGUUGUGAUGGAAAACUGUUCAAUCACCUGGAGACUGUAUGGAGAUUCAGCCCGGGGUUAUCUGGGCGCCCUGACACCUGCACACUGGACUUUUGUGUCUCCUUUGAAUUCAAAUCUCUCCUCCACUCUCACUUGGCCAGUGUCUUCUUUGACGAGGUGGUGAAACAAAUGGUUUGUGCGUUUGAGAAGCAAGCGGGCCGAAUUUAUGGGAGGCAAGAGGUACCACUGGCAGCGGCAGCAAAGCUCCGAGCCAUGCGAUAAGGAAACGAUAACAGGAUUUCCCACUUCUUAAUGAACUGCUAAAAGUCCCAUAUAACAAUGGCUGGAGAGGCCUCUCUCUGGGGUACAGCACAGAGGCCACUGUGGGUCAGACCUGACUUGGCAAUAGACUUUACUUCUUUGCAUACUGGACCACCUCAACACAUUGCACAUACCUCUUCCUUUAUAUUUAUUGAACUGGACCACUUUAAAUUGUUAAAUUAUUUCAAUUGUUUCAAUUCUUUUUGUAAAUGUUGAAUAUUUAAAACCUUUAUAGAAGCCUUUUGUGGCUUACAGAGAAGCCCGUCAUUAAAACGAUGAUGGUUAUUUUGUAUAUUUAAAACACUGGUCUAAUGUACAUACUAUUUUAGACUCUAAUUUUAAAAUGUAAAAUAAACGUAUAUUAAUAGUU